AUGUCAGGUACACUUUAUGUCCUAUACAAUGCCGACGCAUCCAUCGUUGGCAAGCUGCGAUAUGGAUAUCGAAAGAUUUGCCAUUCUACUGAGGAGAAUCCAGCUUGUGCAGCCUGCGAUAUCACACAUGGCGGUUUGUCACUAAAGGAGACACCAACAUGGCUUGAGGCAAAGAGGGUGAUCGAAGCCGAGUCUGGCUACAAGAUUGUCCAGUGGCACCGGGAUGAGCUGUCUGAUGAGGUAAAGGAUUUCGUCGAAUCCAAUACCAUCCGCUACCCGACCAUUAUAUCGAAAGGAGCCAGCGGUAGCCUUAGGGAGGUGAUGACCAACUCAGAGCUUGCAGCGUGCAAAGGAGAUGCACGAAGUGUUAUCUCGCGACUGCGCGAGAAAGGUAUCGUAAAGCAGGAAAGGCCCUCUUCAUCUUUGUAG